AUGUAUAAAGUGGUCACAAAGCUUUUGGCGGGGAGACUUAAAAAGGUGUUGUUAUCGAUCAUUUCAAAUUGUCAAAGUGCGUUUGUUCCCGGUAGACAAUUGCUAGAUGGAGUUUUGGUGGCUAACGAGGUGGUCGACUAUGCUAGAAAAGAAGGUAGUAAAUGCAUUCCUUUUAAAGUUGACUUUGAGAAAGCAUAUGAUAAAGUAAGUUGGAAUUUCCUAAGGUACAUGAUGCAAAGGAUGGAUUUUGGCCAUAGGUGGUUGAAGUGGAUGGAGUUAUUGGUGUUUAAUAGUAACAUGUCGAUUCUUGUAAAUGGUAGUCCGACUAAGGAGUUUACCGUUUCUAGGGGUUUGAGACAAGGAGAUCCUCUCUCUCCUUUUAUUUUUGUAUUGGUGGCCGAAGGAUUAGCGGGCUUGGUUAAAAAAUCUAUUGAAGUUGGAGAUUUUCAAAGGUUUGAGAUUAAGAGAUCUUGUGGGGUUGAUAUUCUCCAAUUCGCGGAUGACACCCUUCUUGUGGGCGAAGGUAGUUGGAAGCAAAUUUGGGCGAUUAAGGUGGUUCUUCGUGCUUUUGAAGUUGUUUCGGGCCUUGGAAUUAAUUUCCAAAAAAGCAAACUCAUUGGGAUUAAUUCUAAUGCUCAUUUCUUGGAAGCGGCUUCUCAUGUUCUUUCUUGCAAGUUGGAAGAUAGUAAUUUUUUUCUUCCUCGGUUCUCCGUCAAUAAUGGUUUCAACACCCCUUUUUGGCACGCUAAGUGGUUAGGAGGAACUCCCUUGAAAGUCCUAUUUUCGAGUCACUUUGAGGUUUCUAAGUUGAAGCAUAUUUCCGUGGCGGCGAUGGGCGGAUGGGGUAAUGGAGGGUGGAUAUGGGGUGAUUUUGGUUUGGAGGGGAAUAACCAUUCGGUUGAUGUGGGGGAGUUGAGAAAUUUCGUGGACGGGUCGGAAGGGCGGAAUGAGGGGAGGGAUGGGGUGGAGUGGUUCUACAAUGAGGAGACGGACUUUUCGGUGGCGUCUUGUUACUCAUUUCUUUUGAAGCGACUCACUCCUUUCGGUCCUCCUAACAAAAGUGACGAAGCUUUUGGCCUUUUGUGGAAAUUGGAGGUGCCUUUCAAAAUCAAAGCUUUCGGAUGGAGACUUUUUCUCAAUAGAUUACCUACAAAGGAUUUGUUGUUGCUUAGAGGUAUCUCCCUUCCUUUAGAUAAUAUUGCUUGUUCCUUUUGUGGUGUUGAUUUAGAAAAGUGUAGGCAUACUUUUUUUGUUUGUGGGGUGGUUAAAAGGAUUUGGAAUGAUAUAGCUUCUUGGGUUGGUAUGGGAAAUAGGGUGGAGGAUGAGUGUUUAUUACCAAGUUUUAUGGAGUGGCACUCCUUAUUUAAACUCAAGAAAGUCAAGAGAUGUAAAUUGGGUGUGGUUUAG